CAUCGCUCCAUUGCACCUCCGAAUGCCCCGCCGGCAGACGCGUAUAUAGACAAUAUGCCGUUGACAGAGUGGCCCCGUGUCGCUACAAAAAUUUCAUCAUAUAAGUGACCGUCUGCCUAAACGCGGGCUCCAUCCCUUGCCCGUCUGAAUCUAUCUGUCCUACGUUCCUUUGUUCUCCCUCCACACCAACGGACCCAUUCCGCACCAUGGCUUCCCCAAAGCUCCUACAAGGCAAGAUCAUGGCCAUAACAGGCGGCGUCACUGGCAUUGGCAAAGCGAUCGUACUGGGAUACAUUUCCCACGGAGCCAACGUCGCCGUGAAUCACCUGGGAGACCCAAGGUCAAGCGAGCAAUAUCAGGCCCUACUUGCAGAGGCCGGAAAAGACAUCGGAAGCAAGGACGAAGCUGCGGCGAGACUUCUCGAGGUCCCAGGAGACGUUUCCGACCCAGAGACCGGCAAGAAGCUCGUCCAGGGCGCGGUAUCGCGAUGGGGGAAGCUGGAUGUUUUCGUUAGCAAUGCGGGGAUCUGCGAGUUUAAGGAUUUCUUAGAUAUCACUCCUCAGCUCUGGUCCUCAACCGUAAACACCAACCUCACAGGAGCAUUUAACACGAUCCACGCCGCCGCCACGCAGAUGUCCGCCCAGAGCCCCCCGGGCGGCUCCAUCAUCGGCAUAUCCUCCAUCUCCGCGCUCGUCGGCGGCUCGCAGCAAGCCCACUACACGCCCACGAAAGCGGGAGUCUUGUCGCUCAUCCAGUCGUGCGCGUGUGCGUUGGGACAGUACAACAUCAGGUGUAACGCGCUCCUCCCCGGAACGAUCAAGACGCAGUUGAACGAGAAGGAUCUGGACGACGAUGAGAAGAGGAAAUACAUGGAGGGAAGGAUACCGUUGGGGAGGACGGGCGUGACGAAGGAUUUGGCGGGGCCGGCGGUGUUCUUGGGGAGCGAGUUGAGUGAAUACGUCACUGGUGCACAGCUGUUGGUUGAUGGUGGAUUGUUCGUCAAUCUGCAAUAAGUAAACAAAAAAAAUGAG